AUGGAGAAGCUGGAGAGCAACGAGGAGGCCGGAGCCCUGCCGCUGCGAGUAGAGGCGCUGCCGACUGAGGGGCAGCUGUGGGCCGCGGUCCGGUUGUUCCUGGUGGCCCACAUGCCCCACUCCUGGAAGCUCCUCGGGACGGUCCUGCGUGCCGAGGCGGCCAAGGGAGCCCUGGUGCCGCGCGACGGCGACCACCAGUGGUUCGUGGCCAAGUGCGGCGACGAACUCCGGGGCGUGCUGCUGGUGAUGCCGCUGGUCAAGAGCGGAGGCGCGGCAUCGUCCGUGAACGUGUCCGUGUUCGUGCCGCCGCAGCAGCAGCACGGCGAGGCGGUGUUGCGGGCGCUGCUGGACAGGGUCGAGUUGACGACGACCGGGGCCGCUGGUGGGCUGUGCGGCGAGGUCCGCUUCGCCGGGCUCGACAAGGCGUGGCUGCCCCUCGUGCGCGAGCGUGCGGCGGCGGCCGGCGCGCAAGAGUCGUGGUUCAACCCGUGUCUCGCGCUCCACUGCCCCGAGGCCCGCUUCGUGCGGCCCGCGCAGUCCGACUCAGCGGCUCACCUCCGCGCCCAGUCGCUCCGGCUCGACUCCAUUGCGGCCGAUUCGGCGGACACGCACACGGUCGUGUCGAAGUGGAAGUACGCCAGCGAGGAGAGCGACGACUACAUCGCCGCGUGCGUGGGGCACGCGCCUUCAUCGUGCCUUCGGCAGGGCGAUGAGAUGGUGGCCUGGAUUGGGGUGCACGCCGACAUGUCCCUCGGCUUCUUCUGGGUGCAGGAGUCCCACAGGCGGAAAGGACUUGGGAAGAUCUUGGCGGUGGACCAGGUGCUGAAGACCUUCGACUACGUGCGGCCGCACCUCGAGGCGGACCAAGUGGGGGCCUACUUCUUCACCGAGGCCGUCAACGACGCCUCCAAGAGCCUGUUCCAGAGCCUCGGCUUCGAGAUCUUCAGCGAAGUCUUCUGGAUUGCGUUCAAGCCCUCCUCCGGGGCGGAGGCUAGCGCGCAGCCGCCGGCCAGGAAGGAGAUGGCGAAGGUGAACCUCGCGGAGAAACUGGCCCUCUUCAGCGAGCACUGGAGCCCCAAAAUCGUGGGCGAGGUGGACAAUUUCGAUGUCAAGGUGGCCAAGCUGAAGGGCGAGUUCGUGUGGCACCACCACGAGCACGAGGACGAGCUGUUCCUCAUCAUCAAGGGCAAUCUGGUCAUCAAGGUGCGUGAGCAAGACGGGAGCGAGAGGGACAUCGACCUGCACGAGGGCGAUUUCUUCGUCGUACCCAAGGGCGUCGAGCACAAGCCCGUGGCCGCCGAAGAGUGUCACGUGAUGUUGCUGGAGAAGCGCGGCGUGCUCAACACUGGCAAUGUGCGCAGCCAGCACACUGUGGACAACCUCCAGCGGCUCUAG